AUGUGCAUGUGUGUGAAGACCGGAUGUGCACAACGCUUGACUGUUCUGCACCUACCUUCAGAAACGGUUGAUGAUCUACACAGUCCCUUCUGUUUUUCACUUAUAUUCAAAAGGAUAUACACAUUUUGGAUACGUUUGUACGGCGACCCUCAUAAAGCGAAGGAGGCAGAAGAAAAAACAGAGAGAAGGCACAUGGUAGUGCACCGUCGCAGCAUCCUUCGACGAGGAUUUUACUGCUCCUCCAAUGGGCUUUUCUCACCGUUUAGUGUUAGCCAACAGCGUCUCCACCAUGCAGCGGAUCAACAGCGCCGUUUAGAGUUCCAGGAGUUCAUCCGUCGGGAGAGUGCCCCUUUCACAGGUUGCGAUCCAAAUGAUUGUACAAAACAAAAGCAGCGACAACAAUGCCAAGGGGAAGAAAACGAAGUGAACGCGGCACAGAAACGUCAUGUGUUAGACCUCAUUGAGGUACGACCGGUCCCAUGCGCACUGGAAGGGAGUGGCAACUCUGAUGCGAAUGGGCAAAGUGGAAGGGAAGGGAUGAAAACAAAUAGCGGCUCAGCACGUGGUAUGCAACCCAGCAACUCGUUUGGUCGAGCCCAAACCGGGAAUUCCAGGGAAAACCAACAGUGUCACGGACGAAGGAACGCUGAUGACCCUCACUUACGUGGUAAGCGUGACCUUCAUUCCCUUCAAUUGCGCGCUAAGCGGCGCAUAAGAGUUACAAAAGAAAAUCAGUUGGGUGAAGAGUACAGGCAGGCCCUGUCAACUCUCCGUGACGUGUUCGCCGCCCUUCGGGCCUCUGCGGUGCGGCAUGCAACUGCUCAGGACGGUUGUGAUGGCCCAAAUCAAGACGGUGAUGGAGCAAGUCGUGGGGGGCACGAUAAUGGUGGACGAAUGAUGUUGUCUGAGGCCGUGCGAUUUCAAAGGUUACACCAACUACGCGAUGCCACGUGCCGGCUGACUACGUCGCACUUUCUACAAGUCCCGAAGAGUUGCGUGUUGGAGUUCCUUGACCUCGUCAGUCGGAUCGUGACAGUGGUCGGUAACACGCCCAUGACUGCACAUGGUUAUGUCGUAAGGCAGGCAGUCCGGGCAUUGUUUAUACAAAGCAUGGGUGAAGGAAGUUCUGCAUUUGUGAGACGCUCUUGUGGGGAGGCAAAAGCGCAUUACUCCUCGUCCUCAGAACCACGGCAGGGAACUUUUCACCCAGUCCACUACUUCAAACUUUUGCGCGUCAUGCUUUCGCUGCCAUCCGAGGACACACUGCAGUUGUGUAAUAGCGCGGGAACCCCCAUGUCCGUGGAGGAGUUCUGCGUUCGACAGUUGUAUGGCGAAGGUAACGGCGCUACAUCGUCCGCACGCGGUAUUUCGUCGAAAUUGGGGUCGUUACGCGAACUGGGAUCCGUUCGGGCAGUUCGUGUCGUAUCGUGGUGUAUGCACUCUGUCUGUUCGACCCCUGUGCUUUCACCCUCACAACGGCACUCGUACACUUCGGUGUCAUCACUCCCACCCGUUUCUGAACUGCGUAUUCCUUUUGGUGUGGGAAAGGGAUACACGCAGACACUUCUCGCAUGUUUUGCCCACCCCGUCUCUUCCAGCAGUACGGGCUCCUCUAACCACAGCACAUCAAGGAGGGAACAGACUUAUUCUGAAUAUGCCAAUGGCACGCAACUACCAGAAAGGUUGCCUUUCAGUGUGAAAGAACUUGCCGUUCUUUGCAGCGCUAUCGUGUACUAUAAAAUUACCACCAUGGAAGCACUGACUGUACUUGUGAGCGCCGCCACUGUGUGCGCUUUGCGUGCUGACGAACUCUCAGGCCACCAACUGAGUUGCGUGUUGCUUGCUUACGCCACGCUUAAGUACCAUGGCGACUUAACACGGCAUGUCGAAUCGAUUGGCGCAAAAUUCCCACCGAGUCGUAUCUGUAGUGUAGGACAGGAAGGGCAAACAAACUUUUACUUAUUACUGGGUGAACGGGCGUGUGAGUUGGGUGAAGGGUUGCACGAAAAUGACGCAGCGCGAGUUCUGCGGGCAUUGGAGUUGUCAGGUGUUGAGCACGAAAUGCUGAGGAACUCGUUGACGUCAGGCAUGCGCAUGAAGCGGCUGCGCAGCCGUGCACUUCUCGCGGGAAGGUGA